UUAAAAUUGAAUAAUGGAAACUCAGGAAUAUGAUGUUAUCGUUGUCGGGCUAGGAUGCGUAGGCCUCUCUGCUGCCUACUACUGCUCAAAUCAGGGCUUGAAAGUCCUAGGAGUUGAGAAAAAUGCAUCUUCUGGCGCGGUAUAUCACUAUUGUCACCUUUAGGCAGGAACUUCUUCCCAAGGAUACACUAGAACUUAUAGGUUCAAUGACGAAAAUCCUAUUAAAAAUGAAAUGAUGGGAAUUAGUAUGAAGAUCUGGAACGAAGCUAGUGAUAAGCUAAAAGCUCUUAAAAAUCAGGGAAGGACAGAGGAGCAUCGUAACAUUGAGCCUGAAUUACUCUUCCCUCUGGACUACCUUACAUAUGGAGAUAAGAACUCAUACUUUAUUUCCUGAAUGGUGAAGAACUAUCCAGAAAAGAAAUGGAUGAACUCUAAGGAAAUAGUCCAAAAAUACCCAGCUUUUGAGAACCUUCCAGAGGAUUAUGUCGGCAAUGUCUCUUAUGACGCAGGAAAUGUCAAAGUCAAGAAUGCUCUCAACGGCUUCAGGAUUCUUUCAGAGACAAAUGGAGCAGAUUUAAGGUACAAUUCAGAGGUUACUUCGUUUGAUAAAUCAUCAAUCACCUUGACAGAUGGGACUACUUUCACGGGGAGAAAUGUUGUCAUAUGCUGUGGGCCUUUUACUAUUGAUAAGUUUGAUAAAAAUUACACUAACGUAAAAGUAAUCCCCACUGAGACCAUCAAUUUUGGUGGUGACUUAUCUGAUCUUCCUGGAAUCUUCUACGAAUCCUCAGAGAAAUACAGCAUCUACAGCCUGAGGGAUAAGCAUGACUUCUCAUGCCAAAAGUUCGGAAUUCACGGUGAGAAAGACACUGAUUUAACAAUGGAGUGGGCUAAGGAGAGAAUUCCUAGCAAAGUCAAGGAAAUUAUUGGUAUUGAUGCUUGUUUUUACACAGUCACUGAAGGUCACGAGUUUAUCUACAAGACCAACCCUGACGGAGUUCAUUAUGGCUAUGGGUUAAAUGGAGAGGGAUUCAAGUACAUGCCUGCCCAUGGAAAGAUUAUCUAUGAUGGCUUGAUAACAGGUGAUGACACUACUUAUCUGAAACAACUCAAGGCUAAGAUUUAA